UGCCUGUCUGGCCAAGGGUGCUGCCUGCAGGCAGGACAUGGACCCCGUGGGCCUCUGCCCUUUCCCACGCCGCACUGUGCUCUGCUGUGGUCCAGGGAGGACCGGGAGCCAGAGCUCAACUUGUUUCCCAGCUCUGCCACCAUUCUGUUUCCCAGGAUGAGUCAGAGUCCCUGUGGGCAGAGCCCUGUCCCUCCAGGGUCACUGCACUGCCUGUGGCUGUUGUCCCACCCUCCCGGGUGCUUGGAGCAGGCGCAUCCCCGCACACGGGGCACCCAGCACAGCUCCUGCCAGCCCAGGCAUCCCCCAGAGUGCACAGCCAGUGGUGGGGGGCUCGGGGGGCUCGGUUCCCUUGUUCCCGAGCACAGCGGGACUAGGGGAGAACUGGGCCAAACCAGCUGAAAAGCACCCUGGCUCAUAGCGUGAGUCAGGGCCAUGUGUGGAAACAAGGGAGUCCUUGAGUGUGUGCCUGAGGCCAUUGCCGGAGUCUGGAGGGGCCGAGCUCACCCCGAGGUGGCUGCAAUGUCACCACGAACAACGAACCCUGUGUGGGCUGGAGGCCGUGGGCGUGGGGGCACAGAGGCACUGCUGGGUCUUACCACCACCCCUGCUCACUCGGGUCUUGCUGGAGGCUGGGAAACAGCCACAGAAGUGGCCCUGGAUUACCUGGCCCACAAAACGCUCUGGUGGCCGUAGGGACAAGCAGCUGCCUGGGCUUUGUCACUGUCAGCCUGGGUGCAGAGCGGUGAGACACGGUGCUCUGGGCCAGACUCUGCCCCGUGCUCUUUGGGGCACAACCAGGAGCCCCUGGGGUGGUGGGAGAGCUCCGGGCAGGCAAAAGAGAGGAGGAUGGCUGUGAUGGCUUGCUGGGGUCAGCGGGGCCCCGGUGGGACACCAGGCUCACCACGUGUCCCGCAGGCGCUGGGUGACACGGACCAGGUCAGGAUGACCUCGGAGGGCUCCGACUGCCGCUGCAAGUGCAUCCUGCGGCCGCUGAGCAAGGACGCCUGCAGCCGCGUCAGGAACGGCAGCGCGCGCGUGGAGGAUUUCUACACGGUGGAGACGGUGAGCUCGGGGGCCGACUGCAAGUGCUCCUGCACCGCGCCCCCCUCCUCGCUGAACCCCUGCGAGAACGAGUGGAAGAUGGAGAAGCUGAAGAAGCAGGCGCCGGAGCUCUUCAAGCUGCAGUCCAUGGUGGACCUGCUGGAGGGAACGCUGUACAGCAUGGACCUGAUGAAGGUGCACUCCUACAUCAGCAAGGUGGUGGCGCAGAUGAACACCCUGGAGGAGACCAUCAAGACUAACCUGAGCAGGGAGAACGACUUCAUGAAGGAGAGCGUCCUGCACCUCACCAACCAGAUGAAACGCUACGAGAACUACUCCGACAUCAUGCUCAGCAUCAAGAAGGAGAUCUCCAACCUGGGCUACCAGCUGCUGCAGAAGGACGCGGCUGCUGUCCCCGAGAGCAAGGCACAGGACACGGCAGGCGGCCGAGAGAAGGAGGCGGGGCGGUACCCCAGCACCCGCAAGGCACUGGGGGACAAGGCGGCCCCCCGAGCACCCAAGGAGAAGCCACUGAAGCCUGAGAAGCCCAAAAAGGAGAACACCAAGGCCAGGGCAGGGGCCCAGCCCACAGCCAAGCCCAAGGCCCUGGCGCACCAGCAGACCGUGGUCCGAGGCAUCACGUACUACAAGGUGGGGCAGGCGGGAGCGGCGGAGGGUCCGGCCGGCAGCCGCGAGAGCCCUGCAAGGGGGCCAGCUGUGCCGGAGCAGCAGCAGGAGGAGAGGGGCCCCCCACUCCCCCCAGCUGAGGGGACCCCAGCCCAAGCUGUUGCACAGACAGAGACCACCGUGCCCAACACCACGGCUGUGCCCAGCACUGCCCCGGCCCCCCGCAGCACCACCCGCAGCCCCCCCAGCCCCCUUGGGCAGGGGGAUGACAGCACUGGGGACCCCGAAACACCAAACAGAGUGAAGGAGGUGGAGUGCGAAGGCACCAUCGAGUUGGUGGAGCCUCCCAUGGAGCACCACAGCUACGGGCGCAACGAGGGGGCCUGGAUGAAGGACCCGGCAGCCAAGGAUGACCGUAUCUAUGUCACCAACUACUACUAUGGGAACAGCCUGGUGGAGUUCAGGAGCCUCGACAACUUCAAGCAGGGCCGCUGGAGCAACCUCUACAAGCUGCCCUACAACUGGAUCGGCACCGGGCACGUGGUGUACCGGGGGGCCUUCUACUACAACCGUGCCUUCACCAAGAACAUCAUCAAGUAUGACCUGAAGGAGCGGUACGUGGCGGGCUGGGCGCUGCUCCACGACGUGGUGUAUGAGGACACAACGCCCUGGAAGUGGAGGGGCCACUCAGACAUUGACUUUGCUGUGGACGAGAGCGGGCUCUGGGUUAUCUACCCCUCUGUGGACUACGACUACUCGCAGCAGGAGGUGAUCGUGCUGAGCCGACUCGACCCCGGGGACCUCUCGGUGCGCAAGGAAACCACCUGGAAGACGGGGCUGAAGCGCAACACCUACGGGAACUGCUUCAUCAUCUGCGGCAUCCUCUACGCUGUAGACACCUACAGCCAGAAGGAAGGGCAGAUCUCCUACGCCUUCGACACGCACACGAACACGGAGGCAGAGCUCCGACUGCCCUUCCUCAACCACUACUCCUUCACCACGCAGGUCGACUACAACCCCAAGGAGAAGGUGCUCUACGCCUGGGACAACGGCCAUCAGAUGACAUACAGGCUCCACUUCGUGGUCUGAGCGCCCGGGGGUUCCCAUCCGCACUCCUGCGCCCACCCUCUGCUGGGCCUGGCUGGGGCACCCUGACGCAGCCUGGGCCUGGCACCCCGACCCCAGCUGGACCAGGGCUGUGGCGACAGCCCGGCUUCCACCCCGACCCCCUCCCCAUCCUCUGUGCCCGUCAGCUGCCCCGUGCCCGCUGCACUGCGGGGCAGGGAGUCCCCGUGAGCACAGCCCCCAGCAGACACCCCCACAACAACGUGGCCCCCGGGACCGCGGCAGCUCGGCUGGCAUCGCCUUCCUGGGGAAACAGAGAAGAGCCCAGCCCCACGUCCCUCCGGCACCGCUGGCACCACGGCAGCACCCACCCCAUACCACUGCACUGAGCACCCACUGCACUGCCCCCAGCCGAGCCCCCUCCCCGCACACCCACCAGGACCGUGUGCCGGCACCGCAGCUGCCAGCGGCACCAGUGCGGGACAGCCCGGAGCCCUGGCCUGCCCCCGGCCCCGCGGGGCGGGCAGGGCCCCCGGCUGCCAGGCACCAGCAACAGGUGCCGGUUGCUAUUUUAGGAAAUGUGGUUAAGAUGCCCUUGCUUUUGCCGCUCAUUAGCUUGUUAUUUAAGUGCAUUCACUGGAGCUGUAUGAGGCCCCUUCGGGCAGCGGGUGCAGAGGAGCCAGCCUGCAGCACCGGGGCGUCCUGUCUGCACACCUGCCUGCACACCUGCCUGCAGCGAGCCCUGGGCAGGGGAGCCCGUGGCCCUCCCGCUCUCCAGGUGAGGCAGGGCAAGGGGCUGCGGGCGCUUGGCUUGGUUUUGGUCAUUUUAGACGUGAACAGUAUUAAAA